AUGUGGCUCCCUUUUGGCUUGAGCCUCCUCAGCUUGGCUACGGCCACGGAGUUAGCUGAGAGCAUUUGUUCAAGCACAGUUUAUGUUACAAAGACAGCAACCGCACCUGCAGUAUCUAAUGCCAGCUCGCCAACAUCGGCCUCAGGGAGGACUAUCACGGUGGCUACCGAUGCGAGUGGACAAUUUACAGGCAUUGACGAGGCCAUCGCCUACGCCCAGAGCCACCAAGUCCCCACUGUCACUGUACUAGCUGGGACCUAUCCAGCUGUGACCGUCUCUGCUACCCCAGCUGUCGCUGUAAUCGGCCAAAGCAACAGCAAGAAUGUUUACUCCGAGAAUGAAGUGGUUGUGUCUAGCACAGGGAAAGUGCUCACAAUUUCAGUCGAUGUGACUCAGAUCACUUUCAAAAAUGUCAAUUUCGUUAACAAAGCAUCGGCUGAUGCUGCGGCGAUGAUUCGUGGAGGCAAAAAUGGGUUCUAUCAAUGCCGGUUUGUAUCCAGUGGCUCGGGGAUUGUAGCGGAGCUUGGUUUGGCUGUCAUUGCAAAUAGCUACAUUGAAGCAUCAGAAAACAUGAUUUCUGGAGCUGGAACGAUGUACAUUUACAACACUGCUAUCGUGCCGACGAACAGUUCGGCUACAAUCACUUUCAAUGAAGGCCAUGUUCUUGGAAACACGCUUUACAACUCCACCGUGAUUAUCGACCACAGCACAGUCUAUUCCGAGUCAAGGGAAGGAGUUGAGAGUGCAUAUCUUGCGGCAGCCAAGGAUCCUGGAUCUGUCGUUGUUUUUCGCUCCUCCUCCCUAGACAAAAGUAUUGCUUCCACAGGUAUCCGCUUGGAUACAGUCACAUCGAAUGAACAGAACUUCUACGGUGAAUACGAGAACAUUGGACCGGGAGCAUAUCCAAACAAUGACGCGGAUAGAUAUAAGUACGUGUCUUUAUUGGAUCGCUCGGAGUUAGCUCGUUAUACACUGCAAGCCGUCCUGGCUGGCGCCUACCCAACGUUUGCAACAUCGAGUACUUUAUGGAUUGACCCUGCCGUCCUGGCUGCGAUCGAGAAUCCAUCGGACGGUCAAUAUCCAAAUAUUACCAGCGCCAUUGCAGCCAUCCCUGACGAUGGGAAAGAUUAUAUCAUUUUCGUGGAAAGGGGCACUUACCUGGAAAAUAUUGUCAUCAACCGGGAAGGCAAGCUCACUAUCCGUGGUGAAACCUCCUUUGAGAAUGAUUCCACUCGCAACAGAGUCACGAUUUCAUUCUCUUCAGGAGCUUCAACUAACUCUGAAGAGGAUGAUGAUGAUGCCCCGGUGCUUGAUAUUGAAGACGCAGGUGGGAAGACAUCGGUAGCUCUCUACAAUCUCAACUUUCACAACACACAUCCCCAAUCCCCCAAUACUUCUACUCUUGCAGCCACCAUUUCAGGAACCGUCGCUGCAUAUGGUUGUUCAUUCAUUGGGUACCAGAAUACUCUUUUUGCAAACAAUGGCGUCCAGGUCUUUUCCAAUUUUUAUAUUGAGGGUGCCUUGGACUUUGUUUGGGGGUAUUCGAUGGCCUACUUCCAUCAGACCUAUAUCGCAACUAACACGGCUGGUGGCUCAAUCGUGGCUCAAGGCCGAGAGUCAGAAAGAACUGGUGGCUACGUUUUUGAUACAUGCGUUGUGACGUAUACUGACUCGUAUGGUACCCAGUAUCAAGAGACUUACCUUGGUCGGCCUCUGUCUGAAUUUGGUCUCGUCGUCUUCAGAGGGUCCUAUUUGGACAAGCAGAUCAAUCCUACUGGGUGGAGUGUAUGGUCAGAAGAAUCUCCACGAACUGAUCAUGUCACCUUUGGCGAGUUCAACAACUCAGGACCGGGAAGAUGGAAUGAGAAACGGGUAGCCUUCGCUACCCAGCUAACGGCAGAAGAAGCAGAGGCUUAUACUGUUUCCAAUUGGAUUGGUGACACUUCCUGGCUUGAUAUGGCCGCAUACAGCCUCAUCCCAUCAUAUAAUCUGGGAGGGCCAAGUCCUACCGGCGCAGACACCGCAGUUUCAAGUGGCACCUCUACAUCAACAUCCCAUUUAAGCCACCCGAAGACUGCUCAAACGCCACCUGAGGGUGCUGUAUCAGUUUCAGUGGACGGCUCGGUUGAAGGGACAUUUGAGAGUCUCACUGAUGCGCUGGCAUCUCUCCCCGGGGAUAGCAGCCCGCAAGUCAUUUUCAUGUAUGCUGGGUCCUAUGAAGAGCUGGUGCCGCCUAUCAACAGAACCGGGCCUGUAUCAAUCAUUGGAUACACGGAGGGAGAUGUAGGGCGCAACUUUGCUGAUAAUACGGUCACACUUACUUUCUCCCAUGGGAUUCCAACCUCACCUUUGCCAAAUGGACACACCGAAAACGAGACGGCGACUAUCUCAACAAUUUCAGACCAGAUCGCGGUGUAUAACAUUCACAUCGUCAAUACCAAAAAUCCUGAAAACCAAGAUGGAUCUUACGCCAAUCUGGCUGCGUCCUUGUUUGGAACGCACAUUGCGUUUUACGGCUGCAGCUUUGUCGCAUGGCAGAACACGCUCUUGACCGGAAGUCCGGAUGGCUAUAUGUACUUUGAGUCGACGUAUAUUGAGGGAGCGAUUGACACUAUAUGGGGGUAUUCCAAAGCUUACUUCAAAGGCUGUACGAUUGGAGCCAAGAUCAAAGGUGCUGUCCUCACGGCUCAAGGCCGCGCGCCGCCCGCAAUCGGCGGCUACAUCUUCGAUCAAUGCUAUUUCGGCGCAGCAUCUGCCUCAAGUGGUAAUAUCACAAGUUCCGUAUAG